CACGAUAGUUUUGAAACUCCCCGAGGAGAACCGUUUUUCGGCCGUUUCAAAAUUGUUGUUGCCUCCUCCUUUUGGGCUCAUAAAAGCAGUGCUCGUCGUCCACGAAAUCCUUUGUUUUUCAAUUAUCCAUAAAGGGCCGUCAAGAUGGACAAGCUGCAAUCUGGGUAUGAUAUUGAUCCCGAAGAUGGGGACCAGUACUAUAAAGGCAAAGACGGACUUUGGUAUACGUACCCAGAACUCUCCAUCGCGAACCGACUCUUCAACGAGAGGAUGUUCGAAGAAGACAAAGCCAAGAGUGGCUUGUUCCCAUCGUCGACAAAUGGGGAGCCAACGGCAAUGGAGCACAAGCCGACGCCACGACCUCGUGAAACUACCAGUGUUGCUAUUGCCGAUCGUCGCCAUUCGAGUCGCGUGAGUCUUCCACCCACGACGAUCUACACCAAAGCCCUUGAAGCCCAGGAAGCCGAUUCCAACGAAGCCAAGGAGAAGAAGAUGGACUCAUCGUCGUUGUCCAAGUGCAACAUUCCAGCUACCAAAUGUGGAUCCUGGGUGGAGAACUAUCAAGUCCUGGCCGUUUACCAAGACAAACACAAAACGUGCAACGUGCAAAACAAGGUCUGCAAAUGGCUUGCCAGAUGGGUCCGAGAGCAACGGACGUUGAUGGCCGAUGGAGAGUUGUCUUCGUCUCACAGGGAGGCGUUGGACAAGUUGGGAUUCGACUGGCUCACUAAAGAAGCACGAAAUGAUAUGAAAUGGAUGGGACACUAUGCAGAAGUCAAGGAGUUUCACAAAAAACACAACCAUUUUGAUUUUGAGAAGGAUACAUCUCUUGCCAACUGGACUAAAUACCAACGUCGGGCGUUCAAGGAAAAGAAGCUGGAUCCGAAGAGGACGGCGCUUUUGAGAGCCAUUGGGUUUCGUUUGGAGCCGGCUGAACAAUCCCCUGCACCACAAUCCAAGGACAAGAAAGGCACCGGCAACGGAGGCGACCCACUGUCUGCAGCCAGCAAGUUUGAAAAGCAGUGGAUGAAUACCUUCAAUGAGCUCAAAUUGUAUCGCGAACAAAACGGACACUUUCGAGGUCUACCUGGAGGAAACAAAUGUGGCGUGGGGCGAUGGGCCGCUCGACAGCGUGAAGCGUUCCAAGCAGGGAAACUGAAUUCAAAGAGGCAAGAGCUUUUGAGAGGCAUUGGAUUUCGUCUAGCUGACAUCCCUACUAUGAAGCCUUACAAUAUCACUGCCCAGUAUGCAAAAGCUGGCAAAGAAGCUGACGUUCAGUGCAAGAACAACGAUGGUUUCAUAUCAGAAUCAAGCGACGAUGAGGACAAUGAAGAUUUUGAGGGGCUUUCUCUUGCCGAGAAGCGAGAGAAGACGUGGAUGAACUUUUUCACUAGACUGAAGAUGUUCUACAUGCAGAAUGGAGAUUUUCGCCUCCCAGAAAGAAACACUGACUUGGGUGGAUGGGCGCGUCGACAACGAGAAACGUUUCAAGCAGGUCGGCUGGAUUCAAAGCGAGAAGACCUUUUGAGGGGCAUUGGGUUUCGACUGGAUCGUGUCCGUGCGCCUCGCAAGAAGGCUGCUCCGAGUGUUGAAGUCAAUGGAGAUGAUGACGACAACAGUGGGUACAAGAGCGAGGGCCAUUCCAACGAAGAUGACAAUGGGAACGAGCCAUGCAUUGAACGUUCUGACACGGAGGCAGAGCCCGUGAACUGCCGUCCAGCCUACCAGCGUCCCGCAGCCAAGACUGCCUCACGUACAAAGCGCCAAAAGUCCGAGGAAAGCUUGUCCUCCACUAUCAAUAACGGGGGCAAGAAAGGUUCUGGUGGGCCAAUGCCCAGUAACGUUCAAGCCAAGGUUGGUGGCGACGAGCCUGGGGUGUUUGCGCUUUUGAUGCCAAUCAUUGACGCGUUGGACGAUUGGGUAGAAGACUCUUGUUUGGCAGAGUGCGCUGACUUUCUACAGAGGUUUCUACCUGAGGCCGUUGAAGAGAAAGGGGGGAGCCCAAAGAGUCGUCUGCUUUUUGUGGCAGCGCAACUUGAUCUUACAUUAGAUGACUCCCGAAAGUCUCAGGCUGCGGUUACUUAUUGCGAGAAUUACUUGUUGCACCAGUUGGACAAGGCCAAGAAACAAGUCUGCUGCCAAGAUGAUAGUCUCCCUAACAAGCGCCGCAAGAUAGGGGAGUAGAACAAGUACAGUACAUUGAAGUACAUGUACUCAGUACAGGCACAUGAAGAUCAGGAGUAGUACAUGCACGAUGUACUAGCUAGUAUUGGUACCGGUACUAGCUAGCUAUCGUAGCUAGCUAUCGUAGCUAGCUAUCGUAGCUAGCUGGUAAGGUACUGGUACUGGUACCGGUUCCGGCGUAUAGCAGCAAGCUAAAUUAAGAAAGAUAGUAUUUGCACG